AUGGGGCUCUGGUCUGGAGAGAGUGGGGCAUUUGGAGGGAGGAGCAUGACUUCGGGGCGAGUGGAGCCACAUCACAGCAGGCCCUUUCUGGAGGAACUCAGCAGGCGACUGCGCCCGACCAGGGACAUGCACAGGACCGGCCCCAUACCCCCUCACAGCCCACUUCCCCUCUCUCCAGCCCCUACCUUCAGAGGCAUCCAUGGCCGUCAGAGAAGAGACCUCUCUCGCCCACUCAGUCCAGAGCUGAUUCCAGCUGUAGUGGCAGACCAUGACCAUGCCAGAGCAAAGCCAGCCACAGACUGUUCCAGUGGCCAUGCGGAUGAAGCGGAUGCAGAGUGGAGAGAGUGA